AUAAAAUAAAAAUGUUUGGGGAAUUAGGAAGGGCGGCGAGAGAAAGGUGUGAUGGCGUGGAAGUGGAUCGUGCGAAGGACCCGCGAAUCCAAAUCCUUCUUCUUUGCAUUCGCUGCCAUAUGCGGCGUCGUUCCGGGCGUCAUCGGCUAUGGCGUCAUGCAGCUCACUAACACUCGCAACGAGAAGCUCGAGUCCCAUCUUCGCCGAAGUGCCCGCGCCGAAUCAUUGAUGAUGGGGCAAGUCAAUAAAGAGAGGCUGGCAGAAUACCUUGGAGAGCUACAGCGGAAGGAGGAUACCAAUGACCGUUAUGUUGCUGCCCUGAAAGGAGAAACUCUAACCAGAAAACCUUAUGUGAGAAUCCAACCGAUUCCAGAGCAAACCGACACUAAGGCCGGCAAGGAGCAGAUGAAAUGAAUAGUUUGCAGAUCUCUAGUUAUUGUGAAUAUAUGUUUCUUUAAGUUCAGUAUGAACCUGCUGUUCUGUCCGUGUUUAAUCUUGUUUUACUGCUGGAUGCGUUUAUUUAAGCACUGAGCUCUUCUUUUUUAAGCGGGGUUGGUUGGUUGGUUGGUUGGUUGGAAAUCAUGUCCAUGGUUCUGUCUAGACAAGACUACACUAAGAUGUUAUUUGAUGUAACCAACUUCUUCAUAGAGGAGAUCUAGUAUUCUCAUUGGAAUAUAAACAUUUUCCAGACUUCAGGAUGAUUUUGGCCUAAAGUCUUUUUAUUUGA